ACAGAAAAAAGUAUUUUCGGUCGCAUUUUUCGUAAUACUAAAAUAAUUCAAUAUAUUCGCAAGUUUUUUGUACUAAAACAGUGCGCAAUUAUUGCAAUUUUCAUGUAUAAUCGAGAUUUAAUCUAACUUGAAAGCGGGAAGUGCAUUAAACAGUCCACAAUUGAUAUAUGUAUGAUGUGAACAGUCUUCGAUGAAAGGAAAAAUUCUAAAUUGUGUCAACUACUACUUCACUUGUCUACAAUAAUACGAUAAUUUCUCAAGUUUUUCCCCACAAAUCGCCAAAUAAAUCAAUUGCCAAAGAUACUCUUGAUAUUUGAUUGUAAGAAAAAUUGAAAGUGGCCAUAGAGAGGAAAAGGUCACCCAAAAAGUCCUUUGUUUUUGUGUUUGGUAAAAAAUAAAGUGUUAUUAUUAUUCUUGUUGUUGUCGCCGUAGCUGUGGUGGUGGCGGUAGCCAGUUUGCCAGUUUAUUUUUUCGUAUUUGGGUUUUAGCAAAUAAACUAACAGCUCGAGAGGCAAAGGAAAAAGUGCAUUUGUGAAUGUGAAAAGAAGGGAAAAAACGCAUACGAAUAUUGUGAGUAAGAAUGAAAGAACGUAAGGUGUGAAAGGAAAGAAUUCAUCGGAAAAAUUCAGCUGGUUAUGUUACUAAACCACACUCUCACUACUCAAGUGGGAACAGUUACACAUCUAAAAAUCUAACAAAAUUAAAAUAUAUAAAAUUUUAAGAGAAAACGCUAAAGAGAACGCUAUGAAAUGUCCUUACAACAACAGAAACACUCUAGAGGCUGCCACGUUGGCUCAUGGAUAUAAACUAAUAACGACACCGGAAAUAGGAUUGAAAAUGUCCCACUGUGUUUUACUCAUGAAAUAGAAGCGAUAGCCAAUUUAAACAACAUGUCCGAGGAUCAAGUCUAUAAGGAUGGUGAUAUUGUGUGGGUCAAAUUGGGCAAUAAUUGGUGGCCGGGCGAGGUCAUCGACGCUCACCGACAUCCAGAUGGUAUAGUGACUAAUAACAAGCGAAAACUAUAUUGUAUAGUUAAAUUUUUCAAUGAGAACGCGUAUGAAUACGUGAGCAAUGUCAAGCAAAUCUAUCCAUUUCAAUGUGCUAAAAAAGAAGAAUUUCUUAAGAAGGGCCUAUCUUUGUACAAAAGUGGCAAUAAGUUUAUGGAAAAGUUUCCUGAGGAUAUAGAAAUCGCAGAGCGGCUAACACGUCAAAAGGUGUCAUCCCUAUAUAUAAACGAUCGUCCAGACAGCAUUGUCAAAGCAAUUUUGGGACAACCUAUAAUUUUGUCAAGCGAUGAUGGCUGCGGUGGCACUUCAGAAUAUCGGGAAAAACGAAGAAGCUGUGAAUCCAUUACGAAAAUCAUCAAUAUCACACCAAAUAAAACGCCACCAAAGCCAAUAAGAAUAGAGCAAUCGGUUGCGAUAGGAGCUGCAUACGGCUCGACUUCAAAUGCAGCAACGGCAAAUCCCAAAAACAUUAGCGGCUCGCCGAGGUUAUCAAUAAGCAGCGACUCCUCAUCCAGUCGCACAAAUGUCGGCAACAGUAACAACUAUCGUUGCAAUUUAUGCGACUUCACCAGUGUCCGACAAAAUGUCAUGAUAUUACAUAGGAAAAUGCACAGCAAUAGAAAUGGAGCGGCAACUACAACAGUUGCAUUGAAUCAAAAUGCCAAUGCCCCAAAAAACAGAAACAACAUUAACAAUAUCGAAAGCAAUACCAAAGUAAAUAAACCCAUUUUAACAACAAGCACCUCCACCACACCCUCCAAAUCACCUACCCCCUCGGUUGUAUCAAUUCCUGCAGGUAAUAGAUCUACAAUAUCGCUAAAAAGAUCGAAAAGCCCACCAUCAGUAACUAACGAAACAGUGGGGGUUGAGGACAAGACUACCUCUUCCUCCGCGGCAAUCACUUUAUCGGAUUCGUCAGCUCCUUGUGCAGUGGAAACUACUUCUAUUGUAUCACAAGGAACCCUCUCAAGGCGAUCUAUGCGCCAUACGAGAUCGGCUGUGGUAUCUUCCCCUACUUCGCCGAGUAUCAUAAAUGGGUCUACCACUAGCGCCAUAGAUUUACCUGAAGUAAAACCUAUCCAAAAAAUACCCAAGAAGCGAGAUUUUGCCAGUCUAACCAUUGUAGUCAACCCCAAUGUGGAAGAAGCACAACAAGUACAAAAAUCCACGGUCACCGAAACAUUAGCAUCGACAGCAUUGACACCGGUGGCCAAAGAAAAUGUGGAAGAAAUAAGAAAUAUGUUGAUGGCCGAUUGGAGCGAUGAAGAUGAAAUGGCAGAUCUAGACAAUGAUAAAAAUAAGAAUGAAAUAAAAGCGAUAUCGGCUGAUGCUGAUAGCAGAAGCGGGGGCGAAAUGAACGAUAUAACACCAAUUAUUUCUACACCCACAGGUACCUCAACUCCUUGCAGUACCACAACCAAUAAGGGCCGUAUUCGUAACAUACCAAAGAAGGACCGCAGAGAUGUCAUAUUGAAUGACUUUAGUCCUGAUGUAUCAGUUAUUGAACCUGCGCAAGACUCAUCAUCUCAAACUCUUGUAGUACAUUUGGACACUUCGAACUCAUCUGCAGUAGAGAUAGUUGAUGAACAACAACACACGCCUAUUAUAACCAUACAUGAUGACGAUGAAGAUGAUAGAACACAUAAGACGCCUAUAAGUAAAACAACCAAAAAGAGCGCUGACAAUUUGUCUCCUUCAUCCCGAAACAGCGAUUUGGAAAAUGUCGAACCAAAUGAUAAAUCAACAGCAGCCUCAAUUCUAUCUUGCUUCGACUUCCAAGAUGAUGAGGAUGGGGAAGAAAUCGAUACAACUACGGCAACGGCCUCCUCUAUACCACAUUUCAAAAAAAAAUAUUUGUCGAGUGAAAGAAGCCUUUUUCAAAUAUCCUGCGAUGGAGCUGCUAAGGCAAAACAUAAUGAGGAAAGGGACAAAAAAGACCAGGAGCUUGAAGCUGAAAUAGAGUCCUUAUUGGAAUCCACACAUCCACCAGCUGCCGGCCUGACCAUAACUCCCAGCAACAGUUUUGAAGAAUGCAUAUCUGUCAAGGAUUUGCCCAUAAAAGAGCGGAGCAAGCGUAUAUUUAAGUCACGCAAUAGAUCUCGCAUAGAGGGCAAAUUAAGUACGGAAUCAUUAACAAAUUCUGUAUCCACUGAUGAAAGCUUAACCAAAGACAUAUCGUCGUCAGAAGACAUUAACAAAACAAAGCAAGUGCAGGAAAAAAGAGGCCCAAAAGAAAAUCGUCGAAAAUCAAAAGACACCAACGAAAGAGCUUCUUUGAAAUCUUCAAAAGAUUGGCCUGCCAAAUGCCUGGCCGGGAGAUUAGAAGACCAAUCAUUGUAUGCAAAAGACGAGCAACAUUUACCCAAUGGAGAAAAUUCCAUUCCAGAAAAUUUUGCCAAUGUUAAUAAUAAUGCUUCUUCAGAAAAAGUCUCUGAAUCGAUGGCCCUAAGGGCUACCAUUGCCGACAAGGAUCAAGUUGAAGCGGAAACAAUUAAAGUACUGACAGAACUAGCAACGGUUGAAGAAGUUCCUCAAGACGAAGGAAAUGAAUUAGUUGUUGUCGAUCAGCAGUUGGGCCGUACCCUUCAACCAUCGACAUUGGUAGAAUCCGAAGAAAAUAGAUUAGAGGAUAACGUCAAAUUGCAAACGUUAGACGCAAAUAACACAUCGUCAAAUUCGCUUGAUAUUGAAAAUGAUAAAAGUGUUCCUAAAGAUAACCCCAUGUCUAUGGUCGAGGAAAGUAAUGUCGAAUCCAACAAAUCAAAAGGUGAUUCCGAAAAUUGUUUGGAAAUAAACCAUGAAAAAAACGUUACAGCUAAACCAUCCGAACAUAACUCAAAAUUUAUUGCUGAUACAAUUUCUGAAUUCGUAGAAAGAGAUCAAGUUACUGAGGACAUAAUAGACGAAGAUAACGCCAACGAUCCUGUCAAGAUUGUGUUGGCGUCUGAAAUUGUCUUAAGUGAUGAACUUGAAAAUCUUCCUAGGCAAGACUCUCACGAUGCAACUAUAAUCGAAUUUAAUGAAAAUGAGAAUCAAAAUAAAGGCGAUAUUAAUGGUGAUCAAAUGCAAUCAACUGCUAUCCAAGAAAAUACACAAGAGGCAUUGGUAGAUGACUCAUGUGCAAGUACCACAUCACCUUCUGCUGAAUUAAAAUGUGAAAAUUUGGCUCAUGAUAAGGAGGCCUCAAUAGAUGUAAAUACUGGUACUUCAACUGGCCCAGAGGUAUUUAUUAGUCAUCGCAUUGUUACUACCUCACCCACGGAUGAGAACAGUUCAAUGGGUGCUUCUGACACAGGAGCUGAAUUUGGAUCACCAACUUCAAUGUUGAGUGAUGAGCGUCUACCGGCAUUUCCCUUCAGCCGAAACGAGACUCCACACCAAGAAAUAGAAGCGGAUUCAAUUGUGGAAACAAUAAAAGGCCAAUGUGAAAAUUACUGUGCACCAGUUGAAGAAAAUAUGAAAUAUCUCAAAGGAAAAUUGAAGGAAGAGGAGUUAAGUGCCAUCGAUACCACGAUUAUAAUAGAAACGAAUGAUGAAUGCAUACCUGCCAACAAAUUAGUUAAGGAAAAGGCCAAUUUGAUGAGAGUAACAGAUGCGGAAGCAAUAUCGAAUCAUGAAACAACAGAAAGCGACUUUGCACCGACUUUGACUGACAAAGCACAUAAAAAAAGAAGACGUCAUGGGGGAAAAAGUUCCGGCCGAAUGCUGCGGGAUGCUUUAAAAAAUUCGGUUUCGAAAAGCAGUGAUAUUGGAAAUGAUGGAUGCCCACCUCCAGUAUUACAGGAUAAGAUGUCUGGCGAAGCACUCAACCAAGAACAGGACAAGGCUGCGAAAGAAUUAGCACCUGAAACCCCUAACUCUUCGAUCGUGUUUGUAAAUGCUAAAGAUAUUCAAACUUCGAAUAGCGUUAAUCUGAUAGUUGAAGAUUCAUUUGAUGCGAGCGUCAAGACAACUGAAAGCAUUUGCAGUAAUAUCGAAGCAACCCUUCCAGAGGAACUGGCAAAAAUAACCACUGGUUCUAAAGAAAUUCCAAAGGAACUUCCUUAUUCUGAAGAAUUGACCGAAAAUGUUGAUACGUUUACAACAUCCGCAAUAGCGGAGGUUACUUUCACCCCAAAGCAAAAUGCUGAACAUACGGAGUGUGACAAAGAUAGUAACAUUUUUGAGCAGAAACCAACCAAAGAAGAGUUUGAUAAUUGUGAAAUAAGUACUGAGACUGAAGGCAACACCGAUACUCCAAAUGGAAAUUCUGAUAUGAAAGAACUUACUAAAAUUCCUAUAACUGAGGCAGAUGCUCCACCUUUGGAUGACACAGCUGAAAAAGAAAAAGCAAAAAAUCAUAACGAAAUGAAUAGAACAGGAGCGUCUUCUGAAUACCAAUCCGCGAAGAUAGAUAACGAAGACGAAGUUAAAGACAACAACGCAGACACAGAACCAGUCUCCUCGUAUCCAAAGAAAAGAUCGGCAGAAGAAGAAAUUUCAUUUAAAAAAUCAAAACAACGCAAACAAGAAAUUGAAGAAGGAGAAGGUGGAAACAAGCCGCUAAUAAGUAAUGUAACUAAUGAAGAAAAGGAAACUUUGACUGGUAGUGAAAAGCUUAAAGAUUUAAUGUCUGAAAAUUCAAAGCCUAUUGAUGAGGACAAACUGAAGUCUUCUGAAUCCGUCGUUACUAAUAAAGCAUCGCCGGAAAUAGAAAUAUCUAAAGAGGUGUCAAUAUGUCAUGACAGUAAUGACAGUAUCAAAAAUGAAAUUCACAAAGAAACGGAUCCCACGCCCUCACUGACGAAUCAAAAAGAUGAUAUUAUUGAAUGUGAUCCUCAAUUUUCCGCAAUAAGUCAUAGCAACCAUAUUGAACACAAAGAUUCCCAGAGUAAAGGGCAAGUGCUAGACGAUAUAACGUCGAUGACUUCAAAUACGGAUGCGCAUGAAAUAAAAGAAAAAUCUGUACCUACUGCACAAACUAAUUUAAAACUGAAAGAGUAUGCUGACACUGAUGUUUCUAAACAGGUUAACCUUCCAACUUCAUUAGAGCCUGCCACAACGAUAGAACUAAAGACAUUAUCGUCAUCAUCAUAUAAGACAAGUACAUCAACCCAUGAGGCUUCUUGCAUUACAACAACACCUGCAUCUGUUGAAAUUACGAACAAAUCGACCACUGAAGAAACCAGUACUGAGACGGGAAGCAUAAAACCGAGACCAUUUUACAGAAAAGCACCUAUUACGCGCCGCCAAACCAUAUGCUUCGACAUCUCCGAUAAUGCUCGAAAUGACUUUUCCCGCAAACGGCAAGUUUAUGAUUUUGAAGAUGACACAACCCUCGCAACGAUAGCAACAACACCUAAAAGAACUGCUCAACGUAAAAUGACCAUGCCAGACAUAGGAAUGCCUUGUCGGGCGUUAAGAACAGCAAGUCCACUUGAUUCAAAAAACUCCUUCAAAUCAAGACGCAGCUCAUCAUACAAUGAAAAAACCAUAGAUUCAGGUUUAGUGCAGCAACCAUCAAACGAUGACGGCGACGAGGAGUUAUGUGAUGAACUUUUGGCAGCAGACACGCAUUCCUCAAAAUCCUUCACCGACGUGAAUGUUAAAAGACUACUCGAUAAAGAUGACAGCCACAAAAAUGCAUCGAAAACAACUUCUAAUGGUCGUAGUAUUAUGAAGCGUAGAGCCUCAAGCCGCCGUCAAAGUGUGACAACCGAAAGUCCCCCUCAGAGUAAAAUACCUCGAGAUGCUGCAGGUUUUGUCGCGAUACAGCCAAAAAUCGCAAAAACCGAGUUAAUGGUCACAACUCUAGGCGAUAAUCAAAUUUCUACAGCACAACAACAGCUAUUACAGCUGCAACAGCAAAACCCUCCAUCCCCAUCAUCAUCGUCAAUUAUCCUCAAUAAGAAUUCAAAUCGUGCACGAAAGCCACAUAAAGCCACAGCCAACAAUAAUCAGCAACAAUUAAAUCCUUUGUUGGUUCAACAAAUCCAAGUACAACAAACAAAUGUUUGCAAACCCCAACCGCAACAAGUGGUCACACAAUUGGCCAAUACUCAGAACAUAUUACAGUUUGUAGCACCACCUGCAGUUGGGGGGCCACAGCAGCAGCAGCAAACAACGGAAGGCUUCUUAAUAUCGACGGCUGCCACUAGUGAAGAGGAAAACGUAAUCGAUUCCAAUACACAAUUAAUAGCAUUGCCAACUCAGCCUUAUCCCGGAUAUACUGAGACAUUUUUACUCUGCAAGGUGAAUGGUAACACCUGCAAACCAGUUGAUAACGUACCUUUGUAUUUAAACCAUCAACUGAACGAACUUGUACCUAUACCCUCGGAUGUUUUGGAGGCUGGUCCUAAACUUGUAGUUAACGAUGAAGGCAAUGCUGCUAAAGAAGCAAAUACUCAACAAGAGCAGAUGGAACAAGAGAAAAGCGUACAAGAAAGUGGAAAUAUGAGCAAUGAAACGGAGAGUGCAACGGGAAUUGUUGAGACGGGCAACACUGAGGAACCGCAAAAUUUCUUGCGUGACAUGACUAGCGAUGAAGCUGGUGCUGAUGCUGAUGCCAAUGUUGGAGAAGAUUCAACGGAUUUGAGUUCCAGCAAUGGAAUUCUAUUAAAUAUCGAAGGUCAGCAAGUUUUGCUGGAUGCUGCAACAUUCGCCCAUCUUUUGUCAAAUCCAGAUACCAACACUCAACUUAUAUCUGAUGAUGGCACUGAGUAUGUCCUAACACAUGAAGUAUUGCAGGCUCUACAUAUGCAACAACAGCAGCAACAACAGCAGGAACAACAACAGGUAUUGGAUAUUACGAACGCAGGAGUCAAUAGUGACAUCAUUGCCGUUGCAAUGGCGGGUUCCGAUUUAUAUGGCAAUGAAGUUUUAACAAUUGAUACAUCACAGGCUCUACAAUUAAUCGACGACAAUGGAAGUGUGAUAUUUCAACAAGCUACAGAGGCUCCACCAUUGGUGCAACAACAUUUAACACCACCCGCUGUGGUCACAAAUGCUGUACUCGAUCAAUCGCCGAUCAUGUCAACACUGGAGGUGCCUUCGAAUAGCCGAUUGCAAGUUGCGCCCCAUUCCAUAAGUGUGCCGCCGCUUCCCAUAGUUUCACCGUCAAAUGUGGUAUUUGGUGGAGAUGCACCUUCCAAUCUCGAUGACAGCUUAGCUGCCAUAGGCGUCACAGCGCAAUCAUCGUCCAUGUCAUCAGCACUGGGUCUACCCAUAACCGUUACAGAUCCAAAUAUCGCCUCAAAGGUAACUUCGGCCGGACCUCUUAACGAAAUUUUACAAUUUGUAUCACAUCGCCCAGCUACGGGACAAGCAACGGCAGCUUUAGCUGCGGCAGCGAUAGCCGGAGAAACGCGUAUUUUCAAUGACUAGGGGAAAGCAAAAGGAAAACUAGAAGAAAUGGGAAACAAACGAAAGUAGAUUAUCAAUUAUACUGUGCAACCCAAAAUAUCACCCAGGUAUUUUGAAAAUACACAUUUUUAAUGGAUUUGUUUUUUUUAUGGUAGUGUUGGCAAGAUAUUUUUGAGCGAUGUUGCCGUUUUCAAUCAAUUGGAAAUAGAAAUCACUCAUCUUUUUCUUUACGUUUAAUAUAAAUCGGAAAAAACAGAUUUAUAUCGACUUAAAAUAAUUGUUUUUAUUAGCAGAUGGGAUAAUUUGUGAUAUCUCAAUUGAAAGUUACAGGGUUUCACUAUUAAAACAUUAUUCCAUAUCAUUAAAAGAAAAUAAGUUGGGCAAUUAUUCUUUUUGUUUAAAUAGCACAAUUUACAAUUUAAUUUUUUACCGGCGCUUCGUUUAAGACAUUACUAAACAAGCAAUUUGUGUACCAAGCCAUUAGAGAAUGCGAUCAAAUUCUUUGCUGUUCCCAAAGAUUUUCUUAGAGGAAACAACGCGAAAUGUAUUUCAUUGGGCCGACAAUCCCUGGGCGGUAUAAAGCUUGAACCACAAGGAUUCAUUUUUCCACUGCCAGGACAUAAGCAUUUUCCCAUGUUUCGGUUGUCAUCAUGCUGCUCUCCUUAAAAUGAAUUUGGAAAUGACAUUUGGUUAAAACUAAGUAUUUUCUUCUAUAGGCUGGUCUAUUUCGUGCUAUAUACAAUAGUGCUGUAUGUAGAUAUAGUCCCUAUAUAGCGAUGAAGUCGUCAAAUAUAUCUGUAAUAAAGAUGACUUACUAAAGGCUAUUUUUAAUAUAACCCUACACGGACAAGUCUCUUGUUUCAUACGACUUUUAAAUUGCACAUUAUAUUAUUGUCAUUAAAGUCAUGGGUUUUGGUUUUCAAUAGGUUUUUCAGAAGUUUGAACGUGCGUAAAGAUUACUUUUAGUUACCAUCUGCUCUUGCAAACUUGGUAAUCCUAAUACUUUGUGACACUUGCCUUUCCUUCUCGAGAACGCAGCGGGUCAAACGCAAAGUCUUACCACACUGCUUUCGUGGUGACUUUUGUUUCACCAAAACUUGCGACCUUAAUUAUAAUAUAGCAUACCAACACAAGAAUUAUGUGUAACCUACACAAAAGCUGGUUGCAGAAUAAUCCCUCUUCAGUUAGUACUUGCCAGCCCAAGGCGAUUGCUACAACAAAGCAUUUUUUUGGGAACUUGAUAUGUCAACAUUUGUAAAUAGGACGAAGAAACUUCAAUUCGCCGUGACAUUUAAAAUUUUCGGCAAAUUUGCUUCGACAAACCAGGGCAAGAAAAAAGAAAUUUAUUAAUUUUUGAGUGUCAAGCAAGAAGAAACAAUAAAAAGGUUCAAAAUUCCUAUUAGGUCCAGAAAAAACCAUAAAGAUGGCAGGUUUAAAUAGAUUUCACUAGGUUGUUGUAGCGGUAAACUAGCUACCAAUAAUGUAUUUAACCUUCCAUGGUAGACCAGGGUAGUUCUAGCUCAAUUAUUAUAGACGUUCGUCUCUAUUAUAUGUGUCAAAUGCUUGACUCUCUGGUGGACAGAAGAGAAUUCCUCCUGAAUUGAGUUCAUACGAUGUUGAUCGGCAGGAUAAUUACCGUACCACUAACAAAGAGCUCAAGGAACCUUUUUGGGCCUCUUGGAUUAUUGUGGGAUUUUUUAGGUCAUAUGAAAAGGAGGGGGCUAAAGUUUGUUGGCUACGAGGAUGACGUUUUCAUCUUGGUGUGUGGCCGUUCAGAGAGUUGGCCAAUUGGCUUGAUGUAAACCCCCGAAAGAUAAAGUUGGUGCUAUUCACCAAUAUGAAGUUAUUUGGUGUGUUCAGGAGACCUCUCCUAGGUGGGGCUAUCGCUCUCACUUUUGAUAGGGUUUCUAACAAGCAAUUGCAAUGUCAGGACUUUGAAAUCGCGCUAGACACAUGGCGGACUGCAUGUGUGAUUUGGUUCAGUAUUAUGGCUAAAUGAACACCUUUUUUCCAGUCUAAAUUAUUGUCGGGCCCAUAGACCUCUCGCCGUUUUUGGCUGCAAUAGGGGCUUGAAAUUGCAGAGGGAACUUCGUCAGCCCGCCUGGCCUCCAUUAUUGCCAUUCAUGUUGGCUCCUUAUCUUCUUCGUUCUAAUAUCUGUCAUUAUACCGCCGUAAAUUUUGUCUUUUGAAUCUAUUUCGGGGGCGACGCAAUAAACCUAAGUUCCCUGAGUGAAGCUUAUAGCGAUUGAGGUUGUUAGACGUGUACCAUUAUAUAACCUAAGUUUAGGAACCAAAACAGCAGCAAACAACAAAAUCAAUUUAUAAAAUAUUUAUUUUGAAGUUUGAAUUUGUAUAAGGCGAAUUCAAAAAUUAUUUGACAUAUCAAAUUCCAUCAGCUGUGCUGAUGCGGCCACCUUUUUAAAUACGCCAAUGUAAACUUGUCAACUGACUGCAAGAUUUCACUAAGUUUGCUAGCCACAAAUGUCACAUUAACUUUUUUAGUACCACAUAUAGUACAGUGCAAUGAAAUUCGUAUGAAAAUUACAUCUAUCCCGGAUAAAUUAACAAAUAAGUGUGGCCACUUGCAGAAAUCGUUCUAUAGUGAAUGGUAAAAUAAAAUUGAAGCCAAUUAUUUAUACAAUGCGUGCACAAAUCGUAAUAAAUUUUAUUUGACUGCCAUGCCCACACAUAUAUAAAUUUUAGUUAUAAAUUUUACAAAUAUUUGCACUUUUUUUAAAUCAGCUGUGGUCCUUUUUAAACUAUAAAUAAAAUCUUAAUGGCCCCGAUGUCCUAAAAAUAAGCAUCAACGUAGUGCAAUAUUUGCUGUGUUUUAUUUUAGUACUGGAUAGACAAGUCGUGAAGGGCUAAAAUAAAA